UUGUUUUUCAUAACUAUGAUUUGGCAUUGGGCUUUAUAUUUCAUAGGUUUCCCAUUUAUAUUAAGUCUUUUUUUUUCCUUACAGUACAACGAUAAUAAUGGAAAUCCCUACUCAGAUGUUUAUUGGCUUGCUGCUUUGGUCCAAUCAAUUGGUGAACUUGAAUUUUGCCAGCAGGGUAUACUUCUACUACCGUCUCUUCUGAAGCGAAUUGAUCGGCUGCUGCAGUUUGACAGUCUAAUGCCCAGUCACAAUGGAAUCCUGACGGUGAGUUGCAUUCGAGCUCUCACCAGAAUUGCACUCAAGUUGUCAGCUUCUGUUCCUGUUGAUCAUGUUUAUGGGUUCAUUAAACCUUUUAGAAAUUCUGAAAAAACUCCAUGGAAAGUUAAAAUUGAAGCUAGCAGGGCUUUGCUUGAUCUAGAGUUUUACUUCAAAGGUCUUGAUGCAGCUCUAACUUUGUUCAUAAGGUUCUUAGAGGAAGAGCCAUCUGUGCGAGGUGAGGUGAAGUUGGCCACACAUGUGAUGCAUUUGUGUCAACUAAAUGUUGAAUCUGAAUUUCGCAAUGGCAUAGCAAGUCCUACCCUUCUCGCUCUGCUUCACCUACUAGCAAGUAAAAAGGCAUUCAACAAUGUUUUCCUUCGACACCACUUAUUCAGCAUUUUGCAAAUUGUUGCUGGAAGGUCACCAACCCUUUAUGUUCCCAAAAUUCCAGCACAUUCUAUGAUGGAUUCAGACUUCUACACCAAUUACAUCAGACCUGCCCUCUUGAGACUAGGCAUAUCAAGGCACCAGGAGCCACUGGCUGAUGCACCCAGUGAUGGCCCCUCACUUGCAGAUCCUGUGAAAGACAUAGAUACGGUUUCUAACUGUAGCGAAAGGAGUGCUGUCCUGAAACUUAGGAUAUCAAGACCUCAGGAACCUCAAGCUGAUACAUCUACACUGUCUGAUGCUCGACCAGUCACAGAAGCACUCAAAGAUGCUGAUAAUAUUUCUAACUGCAGUGAGAAGAGUGCCUCUCUAAAACUAAAGAUACCUCAGGGACUUGCCACUGAGACACCAAACAUUUCUGAUGCGCCACCAAUUCCAGAAGCUACCAAGAACACUGAUACUGGUUCUAAUUGCAGUGAGAAAAGAGCUCAUAUCUUGAAAAUUAAGGUGAAGCAGCCUGCAUCAUCCAGUAAAGCAGACGAUGCUGAUUAUCCAAAGGACCACUUGCAUGGUGGACAAAAUGGAACUGAUUUGGGUCCCUGCAGUUCUGUGUCUGUAGAUGCCCCUGCAAGAGUAGGUGACAAUGAGCCAUCACAUGCCAACAAUACAAAUGUUGAAGAGGUGAACUCUUCUCAUGAUCCCGAAUCAAGGAUGUCUGCAAGCAUUGGCAGUGCAAAAUUAGUAAAUAUUGAUGAGGUUGGCAAGGAGUUACAGUGCACAGCGGAUUCAAGAAAUACAAUGGCUCACCGGAGUGAUGAUCAACUAUCGCCAAUGGUCAAUACAAAUGUAGGGGAGACGGUUAUUGAGGAAAGUUCUUUCCUAAAAAUAUCUUCAAAUCUGACAGGUGAUGGUGGACUCACGGCAGUUAUUGAUAAUCCAGAGGGAGAGCAGAAAGAAAAGAAAACAAAGAAAGAUAAAGAUAAGAAAAAGAAACGUGAGGACAAGGCUCACAUCGACGAUCCUUCUUAUUUGGAGCAUAAGCGUCAGAAAAAAGAAAAGAAAAGAAUGGAGAAAGAGUUAGUAAAGAUGCAGAAGAGAGAAGCAAGAUUGUCACUUGAUUUGCAGAAUCCGGGUCGAUCUACAGAUCUAGAAGGAAAUUCUUAUGCAGAAGAGUCAAGGAGAGGGGAAGAAGCUAUUGAACAGAAUAUUCCGAGAAGUGAUACUUUGCAAGUUAGUUUCCCCACAAAAAUUAAAAUUAAACUCAAAGGUAAGAACAUCAGUGGCACUUAGUUGGAACACAAAAAUCAUGGUUGUAAUGUGUAUAGUUUGGCUGUAGAUGCCAUUUAUAUAGUUAGCUUUUUUUGGCUUUUUGUCAUUUUUUCUUUUAGUUAGGCCGGGAACUGUGUAUUGACCAUUAUUUUUACCAUAUGAGCUUUAUGCAAGAAUUUUACCAUGGCUUUACUGUCA